AUGAGAGCUGUCUUUACGUCAGGGCGCCCUGCUCCUCCUGGCAGCCCACACUAUUCGGGUAAGCUGAUGGCACCAGCUGUCACACAGCUCACAAAAACUGAACAAAACCAGAGCCCAGGCGGGCAGGAUGGCACAGCAGGGGUGGAGCAGGAGUCUGCAACCUUAGGGUGCCAGGGCUGGUCCGAGAGCUGCCUGCAGAACACCCCAUCCUUCUUGUCCCUCAGCCCACAGAGAAGUCAGGCUCGGGAUCCCAGAGUCGGGACACAGGCUUCGGCUGGGCUUUCCCGCCGGGCGGCCCACGCUCUCGAUAUUUCAGCGCCGCGUCCUUGGCAGAAAGGCCCGAACGACCCAACUCCUUUGUCUGCACCCUGCCCCACCUUCCUUCUUCCUGCCGCCUCCCCCUCCUUUUCAGGCGCGGCUGACGCGGCGCGGAGGAAUGCGUUUCCGGAGGGAGAGAGGGGCCGGGCGGCCCGGGAGAAAGAGCUUCGCGGCGGGGGCGGGGCCGGGCGGCUUCCUGAGGGACACGGCGGGCCGAGUCUCCGCCCACUCACUGAAGAGCGGCUGAGACCCGCGGAGCGGCCGAAGCGGGCCGACACCACCCGAGACCAUCCGAGAAGCCGAGGCCCGCCGACGCCAGCCCGAGACCCUCCGAAGGGCCGAGGUCCGCCGACACCGACCCGAGACCCCUCCGAGAGGCGGAACGCGGCGGAGCCCGGGCCGCCCGCGUGUCGGGCGGACGCUGCGAAAAGGUAAGGCCGCGGGCAUGAGGACGUGCGGGCGUGGGCUCCGGGCAAGUAGAACUAACCGGGCGUGUCUCUGCGGCCUGGGCCGGGCGGAGUCCGGUCUUAGGGACCCAGCGCACAGCCGGGUUCGGUUGCAGCUCCCCGCCCGGUCCGGCCUUAUCUGAGGGAGGGUCGCGAGCCCCGCCUGUCACACCGGGGCGUGGCGGGGCAAGGGUGGGCACAGAAGGGAUCGCGGUGCCCUCUGUCCUCACAGGAGUUCCGUCCGUCGGUUCCCAGCGGGCGUCUUUUCCGAGGGCGGCACGGGUGCCUGGGAACCAGGCCGCGGCGGCGCCCGUGGUCCGCGAGGCGGUGCCCACCCGGGGCCUCGUGUAGUGUGGCUGCUACCCUUUCUCAUGCCUCCUAGUGACAGGCUGCGUUAAUGACCGCCCUGAUCCCGAAUGCCACAGUGAAUUUGAACUUUUAAUUUGAAACCUAGUACUCAGUGGUAAAACGAGUAAUAAAUUAUGCUAUUUCCGUUUCCUCAUCUUUAAAAGAGAAAAGGAGCUCUUAACACUAAUUAUAGUCAUGUUUGUGACACGAAGGUCAGUCCCAGCGCUCAGCGUGUGUUUACAUGUACUGACCUCACUGCAGAACCCUGAUACGUGGUGGUAUUGGGGCUGUUUUAUCUCUUUAGGUGCAGGAGUAUAAGUAAUUUGGGGAGUUCAUGGGCUCAUCUCCAGAGCCAAUGCUUGAACUUUAAGUAGCCUUACUAAUGUAAAAUAAAGAAGGCAUUGUAUAGGGCAAGAAGAUUCCAGGACAAUGCCAGUCUGGACUUUGUAGUAAGACCUUGUCUCAAAAAAAAAAAAAAAAAAAGACACAGUAAGUAGUGAAAUGUAAAAACCACAACUUAGACAACAAUGCCAUAUAUAUAUAUAUAUAUAUAUAUAUGGCAUUGUAUAUAUAUAUAUAAAUAUAUAUAUAUAUAUAUAUAUAUAUUUGCUCCUUGCUACGUUAAAAAGAUCUACAAACGUCUCAGAAUGUUUUGGUAGCAUUAGGAAGGUUUCCUGGAUCUGCCAUUCCACUUGGGUAUGAAGAGGGUAGUACGACUAAGUUGGUUUUUGUUGUUGUUGCUGCUGCUUGCAUAGGACAGAAAUGAAUGUUAGAUGGAAUCUGAUUAGAUUUCUUUCUUAAAUCACGCGCAGCCAUUACAGUAGGUCAUAUCCUAGAUAACCUGUAGAACAGAUUAAGAAAUUUUAGUUGAAAGUUACUUCUUGCAUACUGAUGGACAUCAAGGCCUGAAGGGAAGGACUGAUGUAAUAAUCUCAGUAUGAUAUGAUGUCCAUGUUAUGAGGAAUUUUGGUUCAUUCAGCCAUGGUCAAUAAUGAUAGACUGACAGCUAGAAAAUGGAUGAAACACUGGAAUGUUGUCUAUAGGCACUUGGGGAGAGUAGAAGAUACUAGAAUGGCUAGUUCUUAUGUGAGUAGCAGGCAAAUUCUAGCUUAUCUGUUGAAUUUACAGGCCUACAGUCGAAGAAUCUGGUGCUGAGAAUGUGAAGUUCUGCAUUAAGAUGGUUUCUUUAAUUUUAAUUUAUAAUUAUUUGUGUGUGUGUGUGGGGGUGUAUGCCGUGGUGUGCAUGUGUGGAGGUCAGAGGAUACAUUUAUGAGGUUUCUUCUUUUCUUCCACCAUCAGUGAAUUCCAAGGAUUAUAUUCAGGUUGCCCAGCUUGGGUAAGCAUUUUCAUGUGCUGAGCCAUCUCACUGUUGGAGGCUGUUUACUUUUUUUUUAAGGCUUUGAUUUGUUUAUUUUAUGUGGGUGAGUAUUUGCCUGCUUGUUAAGUUUGCCCUGUGUGCAUUCAGCACCUGUGGAGGUCAGAAGAGGGGAUCUGAUGCCCUAGAACAGGACCUACCGGUGGCUGUCAGAUGCCAUGUGGGUACUAGUAAUGGAACCCAGGUCCUCUGGAAGAGCAGGUUGUGCUCUUAACCACUGAGCGUCUGUCUCCCCCAUCGCAAGGUUGUUUUUAAUCUUCAAUAUUCUGUAUAUGAAGAGUACAGAAUCAACAAAGUUGAAAAAUAAAUGGAUUUAGUACUUUUAACACCAGUUGUCUUUAACUUUCUGGUCAGCCCAAUUUGAAUCUGUUCCGAAUAACUUCAAUGAAGUGAAAAUUCACUGUUGUUGUUAACUGUGUUGAUUAACUCCUUGAACACUUGCUCAACUCUCCUCACUGUUUAUUACUAAGGAAGUUAAUUGGCUUGACCAGAAUGCUUGCUGCCUAAUGUAGUUCCUUUACUCUUUGGCAUUUUUCUAACAGAGCUCCCCCCACCCCCUGGUUUACAGGUAGAGAGGGAGGUGUAGAACACAGUCUGUUGUCUGGAGAGAAUAAUUAGUGUUCUGUGAAUGUAUGAGUACUAGUAUUUUUAACUAUGUUACCCGCCUGAAGAGAUAAAUGUGUUGAAACUAGUAAAAGUUUCAGAGGAUUUUUUUUUUCCCUCAGAAUGUAAAUGUAAAAUUUUUGGUAUGUAACAAGCCCAGCUGAUUUGAAGAUUCGUUAUGGGUGGAAUUCAGGGUUAUAUUCUGUGAAUAUGUUAAAAUAAGCUUUUACCGUCUGCCUGCAAAUUGUGAAUUUCAGAGUUGAUUAGUGUUUUCUCUUACAUGACUGUUUAUUGAGACUUUGAUUAUAGACUCAGAUUUUUUUUUUUUUUUUUUUUUUUUUUUUUUUGUGCAUCAUAAGCCAAAUAGUUGGUAAUCAGGAAUGUGAGGAUAAAGGAAGGAAAGGAAGUUUAUUGAGUCCUCUGGAUCAGAUCUAAAGUAAGAGCAGCAUACAGUCUCAGAAAUUGGAAGUGUACUGAGGUUAAAAGACACUCCACACAAUUCUGAUUGUUUAGAAAUUGAGGUAGGUAGGUGAGAGCAAUGUACCGCCCUUUCAGGAUGUAUGAAAAAGAAUAAAACUGUACUUUGUAAAUUUCACACAGUUUGAGAACUUAAUUUUUUGUGUGUGGCUUUUGAAGAUAAGGACAAUUAUCUUUACCAAUAUGUCUAGCAUGUAUAUCAUCAUAAAAUAUAUACAUGAGAAAAGAGGCUCCUUCAAAUUUACAUCAUAGGAGAGCAGACAUACAUUCAUACAUAUCUGUAUGCACAUAAACACUUUUAUAAAUAGAAGCACAUAUGUAUUUAUGUAUAUUUAUGCAUACAUACAUAUCUCUUACUUGUAGGAGCAGUUUCAUUUUACCAAGGCUUCAAAAUAACAGGUUUCUAACCCCAGGGAUAUGUAAAAUAAUUCAAUAGAUUGUAAGGGAGAAUAUAAGUGUUUUAUUAAGAGCAUUCUCUGUUUAUAGCUUUUAAAAUUUCGUGUUUAUCAUGUAUAAUCCUAUUGUAUUGCUAUAAAAAUAAUGUAUUUUAAUUUAUAAAUAAUGGGCAUGUGACUAAUCCAAUUUUUUUUCUGGUGACAGAUAUGAAACUCAAAAAGCUUAUAGAUCCCAAGUGGUAGGCACUGGGGAAACAAGAACUGUGCUGUUUAGGAGGGAGAGUCAGUGAGCUGGGGUUCAUAUUGAGGGGAAUAGAAAGGUGAAUGGCCAGGUGGUGCAUUUACCCCGGGAGGCAGUGCUACUACAAGAGGGUAGGAUCUACCAUGCUGAACUUUUCUAAGGUGACCGUGGGGCGUAGGGUUUGGGAAUUUUUCAUCUAUCAGUGCUGGUUGAUAGUGUAGGCUGCAAAUAAAAACACCAGAGCAUAGAGAAGGCUCGUGAGAGGAAUAGGGAAAGCCAUUUGCUUUCCCAGUUUCUUUGAACUUUUGGUUUCUUUGCCAGCCAUUUUAGAGAGUGUAGGAAUUUGUGGGGGUUUCCAGCAAUUAGCAUGUUUAAAUUAAAGAUUAACUUAUUUCCACCCCCAUUCUCCCAGAGCAGUGAUCAGAGCCCCAGUUUGCUUGAGGAUAGACUUCACAUGGGAAACCUGGGUCUCAGUGCAGGUGCUGACCCUGGAUUACUGUAUGACAUUGGUGCACCACUCCCUAGGGCUUCGGUUUCACAUCUGCACUGUUGCUCUCACUUUGAGAUAAGAGGUAGUGGCUGCCUGAUCUAAGAACUACAGAGUACAAUUUUUGUUCUUUCAUGGGAAACCAUUUUCCUUAAAUUAAAAAAAAACAUUUUAAAUUAUGUGUAGGUGUAUAUGACUUUGUACACAAGUAUACAAGUUCCUUCAGAGGCCAGAGGCUUUAGAUUUCCUAGAGCUGGAAUUAUAGAAGGUCGUGGUAGGAGCUCUGGGAACUGAACUUGGGUGCUCUUGACUGUUCAGCCCUCUCUCCUGCCUGGAGCAGCCAUUUUGUGAAAUUAUAAGAAAGUAUAGAUACUGUGCAAAUGACACUGGGAAGUCUGUGCCAGGGCCGAUUAGUCACGUCUGUUGACUGGCUGCUCUUUCUUAGUUGUGCGUUGCAUUUGUUGGUGUACUGAGUGGUUGCCACUGCAAAGACAUGUACUCAGUGAGUGUAAUAGUUGAGACAAUUGUUUCCCACUCAGGAAAACAUGACAAAGAAUAGUUUAUACAAUGUACCGUUCCCGAUGAUACUCUGUUUUUUGAGGAAAAGGUCAACAGUGGCUUAAGUCGUUUUUUGGAAGGUUUGGUGGAGAAGAUGAGGUCUGAGUGAGAAAUGGACUGACCUAAGGUGUGGGUGACAUGAAAGAUGUAUUUAAAAGAGAGCAAAAGAAAAGAAACAAGUAAAAGUCAUAAAGGUAGAAGAGAAUUUGCAUUGCAUUUUGUUUAAGGAAUGCAGUUUCAAGUGGAAGGGUGAAAAUAUUUACAUGCCAAUUCUGGUAUGUGCCAUUAGAAGCACGGGACAUAUUUCACUAUACCUAUAUGCUUAUUGAAUAUUUAUUUUUCUACUCUGAAAUUAGGGUGCAGAUAGCUUUCUAAUGCCUCCAGUAUCUUAUAGAUUAUAUAUAAUUUAUUUCUGAUUUUUCACCCUUCUUAAAGGUCAGUUGUGGAGUAUUAUACUGUUUGCUUACUAAGAUACUGGUUUGAAACUGUACAUUUAGUAGUCUAAGUUACAUUUGGAAAAUGUUAAAAAAAUAGGCAUGAGUUAUCUUUAUUAAAGAAGUAUGGAAGCAUGACUUUAAAAGAAUUGGAGGUGUCUCUUGGGGUAGUCUGUGUUCAUACUUGCAAGGCCGUGGGUUCAAUCUCUAGCACAGAAGGACAAAACAAGUUGAAAAACCCAUAUUAAAGAGUUAUUCGGGGCUGGAGAGAUGGCUCAGCGGUUAAGAGCACUGACUGCUCUUCCAGAGCUCAUGAGUUCAAAUCCCAGCAACCACAUGGUGGCUCACAACCAUCUAUAAGGAGAUCCGAUGCACUCCUCUAGUGUGUCUGAAGACAGUGACAGUGUACUCGUCAUAUAUAAAAUGAAUAAAUAAAAUCUUAAAAAAAAAGUUAUUCAACCACCCCCACCCUCUCACCCCCCAUAAGAAAAUCAGGACAGAAAUAUUUGUUGCUAAAAUUUUUCCAUCAGGGUCAUAUUUUAUCCUUCCCCAAAUUCUGAAAUAUGUGUCACGCCUAGUCUUGAGUCAAGUGAGAAAUGAAGUGACUUCUCUGUAGUUUGAUUUUUUUUUAAAUCAACUUAUUUAUUCUAUAUAUGAGUACACUGUUGCUAUCUUGAGACACAGCAGAAGAGGACAUCUGAUCCUGUUACAGAUGGUUGUAAACCACCAUGUGGUUGUCUGGGAAUUGAACACAGGACCUUUGGAAAAACAGUUAGUGCUUUUAACUGCUGAGCCAUCUCUCCAGCCCUGUAGUUUGAUUUUUAAACAUUUGUUGUAUAAAGUAUGCCUGGGUUGUGCUUGUUCCAUCCACACCAGGGUGGAGAAGGAAGUUAGGAUAAAAGGUGGUAGUCAAAAUGAACUUUAUGAAGAAAAAUUUUUUGGAAACCAGUAGAUAAGAUUAUGCAAUAUAGAAAUGUAACUGAAAAUUCCUCCUAAUUGGAAUUGCAUGUAGUGAAAAUGCUUUUGAUACCAUUAACAGGUAGUAAACUUUCUUUUUUAAAGAUUUAUUUAUUCUUAUGUAUAUGUGCCUGCAUGCCUGCAUGUGAAGCGCACGUGUGUGUGUGUGUGUGUGUGUGUGUAUGUGUGUGCGCGAGCGCGCGCGUGUUCAUUCUAGCAAAAGUAUCACUGUACUCAGCUUCAAACAAAAAUCUUCAUUGUAGGAAUUUAUUAGGCUCAGACAAGUAUUUUAUUGGUUAGAAAGAGUUUUCAUUGAGUUCUUCAAAAGUCUUUUGUUUGUAGUCAGGGUAGAGUUUUGGUUGGCAUUUUAGGAGGCUGUCUAGGGAGACUGUUGUGUACUUACAAGAUGAUAGGCUGCAGUGAGUGGCUACUAAUAUUCCCGUCUUAGACCUAGCCUCUUUUUUCUGUCUAUACUGGCAGGUUUUUUGUUUCAACUUGACAUAACUUAAAGUUAUCAGAGAGAAGGAGCCUCAGCUGAGAAAAUGCCUCCAUGAGUUCCAGGCAUAAGACAAUUUUCUCAAUUAGUGAUCAAUGGGGGAGGGCCCAGCCCAUGGUGGAUGGUACCAUCCCUGGGCUGGUGGUCCUAGGUUCUAAAAGAAAGCAGGUUGAGCAAGCCAUGGGAAGCAAGCCAAUAAGCUGCAUAACACCAUGACCUCUGCAUCAGCUCCUGCCUCCAGGUUCCUGCCCUGCUUAAAUUCCUGCCCUGCCUUUCUCCAAUGAUGGACUAUACCUUGAAAGUGUAAGCUGAAUAAACUCUUUCCUCCCCAGUAUGCUUUUUGGUCAAGGUAUUUUUAGAGUAAUAAUACCCCAAGGCAGUAAUAGAAACCCUAAGACACUGUCCUUGUUUUCUUCUUGGCUGUGUUUAGGCAUAAUGAUUUUGAGCAUUGUGUAAAGAUUAUCCUUCUAUUCAAAUGCUGAUUUCUCUAUCCUAUUAUCUGGUUUCAAUUCAGACUGCUUUGGGGAGUGGGGAUUGAACACAGGGUCUUGCACACACUAGGCUAGUAUUUUUACUACUGAGCUUCAUCUCCAGCUGUUGAGUGCAUCAUUUUGUAUGAGCUGUCUUACACAUUUCCUGUAGAGGCCAGAAGUUGACAGAGAACGUGUUCUUCAAUUGUUCUCUAACUUAUUCUCUGGAGAUCUCUCACUGAAUCUCCAGAUCAGAUUUGGCUGUGUUGCCUUAACAGCAACCCCUAGGAUUCCCUUGCCUUUGCCUGUCCACUCCCCAUGUCAGGGUUAUGGGCACACACCAUUGAUGCCGAGCUUUUAACACAGGUGGUAGGGAUUUGAAUUGAGGUCCUCAAGUGACUUUGCAGACUGAGAAAUCUUCCUAAUUUUAAAGGCAUCUUCCUCUUAAGAGUAACUGAUUUCUACAAAAAUAGUAUAGGUUGAGCAUCCUUUAUCUGAAGAUUUUAAAUGGUCCAGAUGUAAAUCUCUGAAUGUGAAUAUGGCACAAAAAAGUUCUGCACCUUGUGUUCCUUCAAGGGUCAGUGGUAUGCAAGUUUUAUUGAGUUGAAUACUUAAUACUUAAUACAGCUACCUUCAGGCAUGUAUGUAAAUUACAUAUUAAACAUAUUACAUUUAGACCCAGGUCUAAGAUAUCUCACUUAUAUGUAGCUAUUUGAAAAUCUGAAAAAAGUCCUGUACUUUUGGCCCUAUGCUUAAAUAAGGGAUAUUCAAGCUAUCAAGGGAUAUUCUGUAUAUAGCAAACUUUAAAAGAUUUCAUUUGUAAAGGGAGUGUACACCUUUAUUCCCAGCA